AUGAGAAUUGAAAAAGACAUAAACAAAGAUUUACUCGCCAUGAAAAAGAAGGAAGAGAUUAGCGAAGCGCUGUUUACUAGGUUGAGAUCAACGGGAGUGCAGCUGGCUAGAAUGUAUGGAUUAGCAAAAGUACACAAACAAGGCACACCACUUCGUCCCGUCCUUUCUUUACCUGGUAGCUCAUAUGACAACCUAAAUAAAACAUUGGCAAUGUACUUAGAUGAAAUUGAGGGGGCGAACAUAGAAACGAACACUCAAAUGGCCAGGGAGAUCUUGGAGAAAACUGAGUUGGACUCUGACGAGAGUAUAAUCUCCUCUGAUGUAAAGAGUUUGUACACUAAUUUCCCGCUCAAGGAAGCGGUUGAAAUAGCCCUGAGGAGAUUAUAUGAGCAAGUCAACCCUCCGGAAACAUCUCGCAAGACUAUGAAAAAACUACUGAAUUUGUCAGUGAGUAAGGUACAUUUUAAAUGCAAUGAUUUGUGGUAUGUACAAAAAGACGGUUUAGCAAUGGGCGCCUCCCUUGCAGUAAAAUUGGCCAAUUUGUGGCUCGAAGAAUACGAACCUGCAUUAAAGAAAGAAGUUCCACAAUUGUUUGAGCUAAAAGAGGUUAACAAGGAAUUGUGCCCUAGAUGUCAGAAAAAGGUGACAUAUCGGACAAAAGGGGUGGAAUGCGAAAUUUGUUCGAAUUGGUACCACUUAGGGUGUGGUAACAUAUCGGAAUCCGAAUACGCAGACAUCCCUGAAACAGUAUGUUCCUGA